GCCUUUCUCUCUAAGGACAAGCGUAAACAACCGGUAGAGGUUGAUGGAGAAGACGCGGUGGCAGCAGGAGAGGCUAGACCUAUAGGUGUCAAGGCUGCUAAAGCUUCUAUCAAGCGGAAGAAAAGUGGAAGAGAUGAUGAGUUGGAGAAGAUUCAAGGCAUUAUGGAAAUGAAAGAGAAGAUAUCUAAACGCAAAGUGCUUGAGCGUUUAAUUGCCAAAACUGGUCCACUAUCUGAGAUGGAAACAUCUUUAAAAAUGAAACUACUGUCUGAAAUGCUGUGAUGUUUAGUUAAAGGAAGUCACGGACUAGUUAAGGUUUUCAUGUUGUGUUGAGUAGUUAGUACACUUUGUUAACUCUUGGUAACUCUUGCUAACUCUUGGAAUUUUUUUUUUGGUUGUUGCAGGUAGUACAAGGUCACGGGUGUGAAAGGAAGUCACGGGUCUGUUUUGCUGUUUUCCCAUUCACGGGUCUGAAGGAAGUCACGGGUGUGAAGUUUCACUUCUAUAAAUGAAGCUGUUUAGUCGUUUUAGCUAUGUAUCUCCUUUGUUUCCUUAGUUUUCUUUCUCCUAUGCAACUGUAUUCUCUCCCUAGUUAAUGUAUGGUACUUGUAAUGUCGGAUUUGAUCUCUAAACAACUUGCUUCUCUUUCAAUCAAACAGACUCUUCUCUAUUAACUUUGCAUACUUCAAAUCAAACACAAAUCAUCUCCUUAAACUGAAAAACCGACAGGUACAAGGAAGGAGAAGGCAAAGCGAACACAAACCGACAUCUUGUAAAACUGAAAAACCGACAGGUUCAAGGUCGCAGGUUCAUGUUUAUUAUAUAUAAUCUUGCCAACUCUUGAAUAAGAAAGUAGCUUAAAUUCAAACUAAACUUUCACACCAACCGGAAUUUUGAUUAAGAAAGUAGCUUAAAUUUAAAAUAUCAUGCACAGUUUAUUAUAUAUAAUCUUGCUAACUCGUGGAAAUUUUUUUUUUAAAUAGUUAGAAUUAUAAUUAAAAAAAUAAGCUUAGUUUCCAUUAUAUUUAUAAUUUUAAAAUCGUUAUCCAUUUUUUUAAAUCCAACCGGAAAUUUUUUCUGCAGGAGCUACUACAAAUAAAAUGUCAUCAUCGUCGUCCGAUGAAGUUGAAGAAAGAUUGGACGAAAUUAUCGACGAUAUCAUAGACGAAACCUACAUCAACAUUGUGGAAGGCCAACCCUCUAAGCCGAGGACACGCGCUUAUAUAGAACGAGACCGCGAAAUAGGACACAACCAAUUAUGGAAUGAUUACUUCAGCGAAGAUGCGACAUUCCCGCCAUAUUUAUUCAGACGCCGUUUCCGUAUGAACAAAGAAUUAUUCUUGCGUAUUGUCCAUCGCCUCUCAGAACACGUUCCAUUCUUUCAACAAAGAAGAGAUGCAACGGGGAGGUUUGGUCUUUCUCCACUACAAAAAUGUACGGCUGCUAUUCGUCUCCUAGCUUAUGGUUCUGCAGCUGACGCGGUUGAUGAAUAUCUCAGAGUUGGUGAAAGCACGGCAAUUUCGUGUUUAAAGCAUUUUAAUGAAGGAAUAAUUCGGUUAUUUGGUCCUGAGUAUCUACGAAGACCGACAGAAGAGGAUCUUCAGCGACUACUCCAUAUUGGAGAGAUACGCGGGUUUCCUGGGAUGGUAGGAAGCAUCGACUGUAUGCAUUGGAGGUGGAAAAAUUGCCCAACGGCUUGGAAAGGACAGUAUACCCGGGGAUCAACAAAACCGUCAAUUGUGUUAGAGGCGGUAGCUUCACAAGAUCUUUGGAUAUGGCACGCUUUCUUCGGUCUUCCAGGUACCUUAAACGAUAUUAAUGUCCUCGAUCGGUCUCCUGUUUUUGAUGACAUUAUUCAAGGUCGGGCUCCGAGGGUAGAGUACAUGGUCAACGGACACAUGUAUAAUUUGGCGUACUACCUCACAGACGGUAUUUAUCCAAACUGGUCAACAUUUAUCCAAUCUAUCUCACUCCCUCAAGGUCCUAAAGCAGAGUUAUUUGCUAAAGUUCAAGAAUCAACCCGAAAAGAUGUGGAGCGGGCUUUUGGAGUUUUACAAGCUCGAUUUGCGAUUGUGAAAAACCCGGCACUUUCAUGGGACCAGGAACAGAUAGGGAAGACUAUGAGAGCAUGUAUCAUAUUGCACAAUAUGAUAGUCGAAAAUGAACGAGAUGGAUACAACACUCAGUACGAUACAUCUGAAUUUGAAGAAGGAGAUGUAGCCAGCAGUUCACGAGUGCAUAAGUCUCGUGGUACAGACAUCCCUCCAAGCAUCAAUGAAAUGCGUGCCAUUCGGUUUCAGGUUCGCGAGACGGAAACACAUCACCAAUUGAAGAAUGAUUUAAUUGAAAAUAUUUGGAACAAAUUUGGGGAUGAAAAUUAAUAGUUAUUGUAAUUUUAUAUGUUUAAUCAUGUAAUAAAUAAAUUUUUAUAUC